AUGGUGACCAAGGGUGAUGUAGAACUGGAACUAGAGACCAAACCUAGUGGCCCCGAGCGGCCACCGGAGAAGCCGCGGAAACAUGACAGUGGCGUGGCCGACCUGGAACAAGUGACUGACUAUGCAGAAGAGAAAGAGAUCCAGAGCACCAACCUGGAGACUGCGAUGUCUGUUAUUGGACACCAGCAGUCCCGGGAGGAGAAGGCCAAGCAGGAGCGGGACAAACAACUGGCAAAAGUUACAGUCAAGAAGGAAGAUCUGGAACUCAUAAUGACAGGGAUGGAAAUCUUGAGGGCAGCAGCAGAAUGGAGUUUGGGGAACACCCGGGCAAUGUAG